AUGUCCAACAACCUUCUGAACCUGUUCUGUCUUGUCGACGGAGAGGCCACCACCAACGCGUUCCCUGUCGAGAUCGAGUCAACCAAGACCAUCGGCGAUCUCAAAGGCGCAAUCUUACGCAAGAAACCCAACGAUUUCCGCGAUGUUGAUGCGAACAAGCUCUCCCUCAGCCGUGUCUCCAUUCAUGACGAUGGAGCCAUUCACGACAAGACGGAGCUGAACAACCCUAGAGCACUCCUCUCCACGCUGUUUGCCGCAAGUCCCGACGACAACACCUACAUUAUCGUCCAGCGACCUCCUCAAGUCCAUGCACCUGUCCCUGCCCGUCCCUCCCCUCCACAGCUCAAGUCUAUUCCGAAGGAUCUCCUCGAGCAGGAACUGGAAGUCAUUCUCAAUGACAUCCAGCUUCGCCCUACCACCCCCUCUGUUGAUCCAAUGGAAGUUGAGGCUUUCCAGAAUGAAGCACUAGGACCCUUUUUCAAGAGGACUCUUCCGCAUGGUGAAACAGCAAGAGACAUCAAGCUGGUGAUGCUGGGACUUGAGCUGGACAAGCUGACAAGGACGAGCGACGGCGAAACCUUGCAUUCUAUUGUGGAGGAUGACAUCGGCAAAUACUGUGACCGUCGCGUAGUAGCUAUGGUUGCUCCAUCUGGAUCUGGAAAGACUGCGACUGUAGUUGACCUCGCGAGCAAGCAUUUUGUGAUCUAUUGUGUUUGUUGCAUCCCGAGCACCACCAUCUCUCCCGGCUUCAAGGACCCGAAUUUUAUCACGCUUGCAGAAGACAUUGAGAGCAUGUACCGGUCCGUUAUUCACAGGAAUCAAGGCCGUUCGCAGUGCGCAAAGGACAUCGAUUCCGAAGUCAAGGCCCUAGCAGGGGAACGCGUCAAGCUCGAAUUCCUUGCAAGGCUGCUCUUUCUUCAGCAUCUCCUCGACGACAACCCUGAUCUAGAACCCCUGCAGUUCUUCCGUGAACAGACCACCAAAGGUGCCUUCACUAUUGGCGACCUGGUCUACAAAUUGAAGGAGUACGACCACAACACAAUCCAAGCCAUGCUCAGCAAAGUCCAAGCCAAGCUUCAGUCUAUCCUUGUUUCCAAACGACUUGGACUGGUGAUUGCCCUGGACGAGGCUCAAAUGCCCUCUUCGACAGCAAAGAACCAAAUCCAAUCCAAGUUCCGUCGUGGUUUCCUCACACCCUUAUCCGCAACGCUGAGCAACAUGCGGGCAACACUGGUGAUUCUUGGCACCGCACUCUCAUUGCAAGAUGCCGAUCAUGUGUACUCGGCCAUCGCCAAACCCACCAAUUUCUCGAGGAUUACUGAAUUUCCCCGAUUCAAUGAAAAAGACGUUAUCAAGACCCACUCGAAGCUAGUCGACAUGUCAGACUGUGAAAUCCCGCCCGCCAAACGCCGCAAGCUAACCGGACGAGUCCGAUUUUCCAUUGACGUCGUCGAACGCCUUGCCACACGCUGCUCUACUCAGGACUCGAAACAAGCUAUUCUCGAUGACGCUGUUGACAAGUCGAUUGAGCAUACAAUGAAUGGGCUUCGGAUCGGAGUACGCACUAUUCUCGAGAGCGACAAAACAAACGAGGCAGCUCGGCUUCUUAGUCGAAUGGUCUUGGCCUAUCAUCUCCAAGAUGCCAAAAUUUCGUUCUCGAGCCAACUGCAGUCCGACUUUGUGGACAAGGCGCUGUGCAGACUGCAACAACACCCUGAUGGCGUUCACCUGAUCAUGGACGAGCCCUUGGUGGUUGAGGCCGUGGAGGAGGAACUGAAGUCUUCGGGCAAGGAUCCUACGUUCAUCGACAAGUUCCAGUUCCAGAUCGACGAGAUCAACACAGCCAGUGGAUUUGGAUACAUGGGCAGUGGCAUGACUGCCGAUCUUGCCUUCCUUACUGCUUGUCCUCCUCUGGUUUUCCCUGAUAAACGGUACGCCGGCUCUCUCGCGAUCAAGUUUUACAGCAACGAUGUGCCUCAGGUCAAGCACAAGGAGAACGAGACCUCCAGUGAUAUCCGAGCGUGCUUCUUGAUGACGGACGGUGACAAGUUGAACUCAACCUUGGCAGCCACUCGACACUCCUAUGAGAAUGCAGGCAUCCCCUCCAAUGUUAAGGGAAUUUUGCGCAUUCACUUGGAGUUUCCGCGCGUCAAGGGAGUGAAGCCGGUCACUCAAGUCAGGAAGGAUCCGACGACUCGUGCUAUAGAUGUGAUGGUGUACAUCAACAAUGAGAACAUGGACAGCUUUUUCGAAGAGAGUAUCAAAGCAUACAGGAGAGAUAUGAUCAAGCUGAAGAAGCUGAUCAAGUAUGUCUGCGUCUCAUAA